UAGCGAAGGAGCAAAAGGGAACCAUGGCGGUGGCCACGGCAGCUGCCGCCGCCUACGAAGAGCUGAAGCUACACAUAACACCAGAGAAAUUUUAUGUGGAAGCUUGUGAUGAUGGAGCAGAUGAUGUACUUACCAUUGACAGAGUAUCCACAGAAAUCACUCUUACAGUUAAAAAAGAUGUUCCACCUUCAGCUAUUACCAGGCAAAUAUGCGGUAUUUUGGGAACAAUCCGUCUAGUGGCAGGCACAUACCUUAUUGUAAUAACAAAAAAGAGAAAAGUAGGUGAAUUUUUCAAUCAUGUAGUCUGGAAAGCAACUGAUUUUGACAUCCUCUCUUAUAAAAAGACAAUGCUACAUUUAACUGAUAUUCAGUUACAGGAUAAUAAAGUCUUUUUAGCAAUGAUGAGUCAUAUAUUGAGUGUGGAUGGAUUUUAUUUUUCUACAACAUAUGACUUGACACACACCUUGCAACGGUUGGCUAAUACCAGCCCAGAGUUUCAAGAAAUGAGCUUGCUAGAGAGGGCAGAUCCACGGUUUGUAUGGAAUGGGCACCUUCUUAGAGAACUUGCUGCUCAGCCUGAGCUCCAUAGGUUUGCAGUUCCAGUUAUGCAUGGUUUUAUUAUUAUGCACUCUUGUUCCAUUAAUGGCAAAUACUUUGACUGGAUUCUAAUUUCUCGAAGAAGCUGUUUCAGAGCUGGUGUCCGCUACUAUGUGAGGGGUAUUGAUUCUGAAGGACAUGCAGCUAACUUUGUAGAAACAGAACAAAUUGUACAUUACAAUGGAAGCAAAGCUUCUUUUGUCCAGACACGUGGAUCAAUUCCAUUCUUCUGGUCACAGAGACCAAACCUCAAAUAUAAACCAAAGCCACAGAUCAGCAAAACAAUAAAUCAUAUGGAUGGCUUCCAAAGACACUUUGACUCGCAGAUUAUUAGUUAUGGAAAACAAAUGAUUGUUAAUCUGAUUAACCAGAAAGGCUCAGAAAAGCCUCUGGAACAAACAUUUUCAAAAAUGGUAAAUGGCUUAGGAAAUGGAAUGGUCAGAUAUAUAGCUUUUGAUUUUCAUAAAGAAUGCAGUCAUAUGAGAUGGGAUCGACUCCAUAUUUUACUGGAUCAACUUGCUGAACAACAAGAUGAAUAUGGCUAUUUUCUAGUUGAUGCAGAAGGGAAGGUGAUGAUGCAACAAGAAGGAAUAUUCCGCAGCAACUGUAUGGAUUGCCUGGACCGAACAAAUGUGGUUCAGAGCCUUUUAGCACGCCGUUCUCUACAAGCACAACUGCAGAGAUUAGGUGUUUUGCACGUUGGCCAGAGACUUGAAGAACAAGCAGAAUUUGAGAAAAUUUAUAAAAAUGCAUGGGCUGAUAACGCAAAUGCUUGUGCCAAACAAUAUGCUGGAACGGGUGCCUUAAAGACAGACUACACCAGAACUGGAAAGAGAACGCAGUGGGGCCUGUUAAUGGAUGGUUGGAACUCGCUAAUUCGUUACUAUAAAAACAACUUCUCUGAUGGAUUUAGACAGGAUGCUAUAGAUCUCUUUCUUGGAAAUUAUUCAGUGGAUGAAGUAGAUUCUCUCAGUCCUCUUCAUGUACAGAAAGAUUGGAAGUUUUUGGCUUUACCUAUUAUUAUGGUGGUCGCUUUCUCAAUGUGCAUUAUCUGUUUGCUUAUGGCUGGUAAGUCUUUCUAAAAUUCACACCAUAAUAUGCGUUAUUAC